GUUAAACAUGAGGAUGAUCAGAUGUUUAAAUUACACAGAAUAAACUUCCAAACAUCACUGAUCCUGUAUGAUCGUAGGAGAAGUCAGACCUCAGUUUGGGUUGAAAGGAGACACACAGAGAGAUGGAGUCAGUGGAGGAGAACAUUAAGAGCAUAAAGAACAUAUAGAACAGGAAGAACAUGUAGAACAUGAGGAGAACAUGAGGAAAACAUGAAGAACAUGAGGAGAACAUGAGGAGAACGUGAGGAGAACAUGUUCCACGUCCAGUACAUAUUCUGACCAACUAGAACACGCCAUGUUGUUCAUGUUUGUUUACAUCAAUAAAGAUCAGUCAUUGGUCUUCAUUCAGCGUGACCCAGCCAUAAACUAAGACCUGAACCUGGACCUGGACCUGGACCUGGAUCUGGUCCCUCCCAUCUCCACCCACUGAUAAGACCAAGCAUCAACCUUUGAGUCAACAGCUGAUAACCAGCUGAGCUCAUGGUUUGUUUGUUUCAACUGAAACACAGAAGCAGCAUCAGAUCCAGAUCAGCUCAGAACCACAGAGUGAAGACGGAUCCAGGAGACAGUUCUCAGUCCUUCAUCCAUGAUCCAGCGAGACUACAGAUAAAAUCUGGACACAGAUUCCAUCAAGUCCAGCCGAGUUCUGUAGGUUUUACUGGGUCCAGUACAGCUUUGCAGGUUCCUGGAUUUCUGUCAGGUUCUACAGGCUCUAGGAGAUUCAGCUGAACUCUGGAGUUCUGGAGGUGGACAGAGGCUCAGUAGAACCAGGAUGAAGAGGCGUUCCCCAUCAGGUCUGACCUGUCUGAGGAAUCCUGGACCAGAACUGGAGAUGAUGGACAGAACCAACCCCAUCCAGGCCUCCGGUUCUCAACAGGCCUCCGGUUCUCCUCAGGGGUCCAGGUCCUCAGCGUCGGCAGCAGAGAAGGCUACAGAUUGGUGGACGUCACACUCAUGCAGUCGAUGGAAACAGAGAAGACGAAAGUUGACAGGUGUUCAGCUGGAGACCAGGUACAGCGGUCUGACUGAGGAAGACGAAGGUGACAAAGGCCAGAAAGACGAAACUGACACCUCAAGCAAGAACCAGAAACUGAAUAAACAACUCUUGGAUCACUUCAGACACCUGGCUGCAACUAACCAGGACUCCAACCAGGUGGACCUUCAGUUCCUCGAUGAGGUCAUCUCAGAUGGAGCCAAUCCAAACAGCUCAGACAGAUUUGGACAACCCGUCCUGCAUGAGAUCUCCAGGGCGUGGAGCGUGGACGUGAUGCGGUUCUUCUUGAACUGCGGUUCCGAUCUCCGUCGCCCGGAUCAGUUUGGAGUCACGGCGCUGCACGUGGCGGCAGCGCUGGACUACCAGGACAUGGUGCAGUUCCUGCUGGACCACAAAGCUGACCCAGAGGCUCGGACUCACCUGGACCAGCAGACGCCGCUUCACUACGCCGCCAAGAACGACGCCGUUGAAGCCAUCAGGCUACUGCUGCGGGCCGGAGCCACCAUCGAGUCCACCGACUACAAACUGAGGACGCCACUGCAGCUCGCAGCCAACCUCGGGCGCAGUGAUGCGGCUCGCCUGCUGCUGGAGCUCGGGGCGGACGCAGGGGUGAAGGAUGCUGACGGACAGCUCUGUAUAACUGCUCUGAUUGGUCAGAUGAGUUUAGUGGCUCAGCUGGCGCUCAGUCAGUUCCAGGUGAAAGACAGAAUCACCAGACAGCAGUACUUCUACCUGAACCUGCUGGAACCAGAACCACAUCCAGAACCCUCUGAGGAACACCUGCAAGAAGCAGUGGUCAAUGAGCCCUCAUCUCCGUUACAGUUUUCAGAGGACAGUGAACUUGUCCUACAGCUGCAGGUGGUGGUCCAGGAAGGGAAGCUCGACCUGAUCAUGAAUCCUGUCUUCCUCAAACUGAUUCAGGUCAAAUGGAAACUCUAUGGCAGAUUAGGGGCGUGGCUUCUCCUUUUACUCAACUUUCUGUUCAACGUUUCCUGGACAACGGUGGCCAUUUCUGUGUCCGUCCGCCGAGACUCACCUGAUCGCUAUGUCCUCCCCCAGGUGAUCCGUCUGUCACACCUGCCUGUCUCAGGACUGGUCAGGACUUGUCUUUUUCACCUUCCCAUCUCACCUGUCUGUCUCACCGGUCUGUCUCAGGACUGGUGGCGUGUCCUCCUCGUCCUCCCAGCGCUCCUGUUGACUCUCGAGGAGGUGCUCAGGGAGCUGCUGGACAUUUGGCGGUCGAGGAGGAAGCUCCGCCUCUGGCGACGGUGGGCAGAGCGCCGUCUCCAUGACGACCUGCGCUGCUCACAUCCCAUGUGGCCUCAGGAGAGACGUUUCCUUUUGGACCAGAACAAACUGAUUCGCAGGACCAGAGGAAGCUACAGUCGGGACCUGUGGAACGUCUGUGAUUGGAUGGUUUACUGUCUGCUGACGGCGUCCUUUAGCGUCCACCUGGUGGAUGUGUUGCGUCCGUCCGUCCAUCUUCCCACCAUCAGUCUGCGUCUGUUUUCCGUCACCGUCGUCUUUCUGUGGCUGCGACUCAUGAAGCACGUCAGAGCCUUCAGACUGAUGGGUCCGUUCAUCGUCAUGUUGGGGAACAUCGCUGGCAACGUGAUGCGUUUCCUGUUCCUAUACACCGAGAUCUUCAUCCCGUACGCCUGCAGCUUCUGGAUCAUCUUUGGAGGUUCCUCCUCAGUUCCCAGCAUGCAGUCUGUUUCCGGCCUCCUCUAUAGUUUGUAUCGCAUCACUCUGGUGGACGAAUACGAAUACGCUGCCAUGGUAACGGUGGAUGAUGUCAUGGCACCGCUGCUCUGUGGGACGUUUCUGGCAGCUUCCUCGAUCCUGUGUGUCAAUCUACUGAUCGCUCUGCUGACAGACACCUUCCAGAGGGUCCAUGAUAACUCCCAGGCUAACGCCGUCAUGCAGCAGGCUGUGGUCAUCCUGCAGGUGGAGGACUCCAUACCCCUCCUUCGUCGUUUCUAUGACAACCGGUUUGUGUCCAAUUGCUGCUCUCCGCUGGUUGCCGCCUGCGAUAAUGACAUCACAACGCUCCCUCGUUACCAUGACGAGACGGGACACAUCACGGCGGAGAUCAAGGACACUCUGGACCGGUUCCUGGUCCUCCAGAGGGACGCAGAGACGCUCCGAGGUUCUGGAGUCCACAUAGGCCAGGUCCAGAACCACGUCCUGCAGAACCAGGAGCUUCAGAACCAGGAACUUCAGAACCAGGUCCUGCAGAACCAGGACCUUCAGAACCAGGAGCUGCAGAACCAGGAGAUUCAGAACCAGGUCCAGAACCAGGACCUUCAGAACCAGGUCCUGCUGAACCAGGAGCUUCAGAACCAGGUCUAGAACAAGGACCUUCAGAACCAGGAGCUGCAGAACCAGGAGCUUCAGGCCAUCCGAGCAGAGCUGAGGGAGCUCCGGACUCUGGUCCAGCAGCUGGUUGGGACCAGAACCGACGGGUUUUAAGGUUCUUUUCUUUCCAGAAUCUUCAGAGUUUCAGACUUUGAAUCUUCAUGUUUCAUUAAAAUCACUUUAUUCUUCAGCUCCUGUCUAAAAAUAAAGGUUGUUUGAAGCAGAUUCAGUAAAAAGAAUCGACUGGAUGAAUAAAUAAAUGUAGCAGAACGAGAGAACAGAGGAGCUACAGCUGGAGGUCCAUCCAGCAUGGAAGAACAUCUACAGCUGAGGAGCAGAGGGGAAACAUCUGGAAACAUCUGGAGAUAGAAGAACAUUUGCAGCUGAGGAGCAGAGUAGAGAGGAAACAUCUGGAGAGAGAAGAACAUCUGCAGGAUGAGGACACAUCAGAGUUUAAACAUGUUGGACACAAAGAAGAAAAGAAGCUGUGAAAGGAGCAGCCUGCUGAGCUGCAGCGCCCCCUGCUGCCUCCAGAGUCUGUCAUAGAAAGACGACCAUUAAAGACACGUUCUGUUCUCCCAGAGGAACCAUCAGAUACAGAAAGAACAUACUGACAAUGUUCUGUCAUUAAUUAUUCCUUCAUCAUGUGUCAGAGUUUCCCUUUAUGUUGGUUUGACAAUAAAAUCUUUAA